AUGUCUUUAAGUAUCUACGGGAAUAGGGAAAGCGGCCAAGAUGUGAGAACGGCGAACGUGACGGCCGUGCAGGCGCUCUCGAACAUUUUGAAGUCAAGCCUGGGACCACAAGGAUUAGACAAAAUGCUCGUGGAUAACAUCGGAGAUGUCACCAUAACAAAUGAUGGAGCAACGAUCCUAAAACAGUUGGAGGUGCAGCAUCCAGCCGCCAAAAUUUUAGUAAACCUGUCGGAACUGCAGGACCAGGAGGUAGGAGAUGGAACAACCUCAGUUGUAUUACUAGCAUCGGAACUUUUAAGAAGAGGAAACGAACUGAUAAAAAUGGAUAUACACCCGACAACCGUCAUCUGUGGGUAUAAAUUGGCAAUGAAGGAGUCUGUGAAAUACAUUAAAGAAAAACUGAGCGAACGAGUGAGCAAUUUAGGAAAGGAUGUAAUUAUAAACGUUGCGAAAACAACCUUGUCUUCUAAGUUUAUUGGAUACGAAUCAGAUUACUUUGCGAAAAUGGUGGCGAAUGCUAUUCAGUCGGUAAAAAUUGUUAACGAUGCGGGUAAGACAAAGUAUCCUGUUUCGUCUGUUAAUGUAAUAAAAGUACAUGGAAUGAGUUCAUUAGAUUCUAAAUUGAUUGAUGGGUAUGCAAUUAUGAGUGGGCGAGCAUCACAGUCUAUGCCUACAGGAGUGAAGAACGCAAAGAUUGCCUUUUUGGAUUUUCCGCUAAAACAGUAUAGGCUGCAUUUAGGGGUUCAGGUGAACAUAAAUGAUCCCACUGAGUUGGAAAAAAUAAGACAAAGAGAAAAAGAUAUAACGAAAGAACGAGUAAAUAAAAUUUUAGAAUCAGGUGCAAAUGUCAUUCUUACCACACAAGGUAUAGAUGAUAUGCCAUUGAAAUAUUUUGUUGAAUCUGGUGCUAUUGCAGUUAGGAGAGUGAACAAAGAUGACUUGAGGAGGAUAGCAAAACUGACGAAUGGACAGAUCAGACUGACUAUGUCUUCCCUUGAUGGAACGGAGAAAUUUGAACCAUCUUCUCUAGGUUACUGUGAUGAAGUAUAUGAAGAAAGAGUAGGUGAUUGGGACGUUAUGUUUUUUAAAGGUUGUAAAACAUCAAAGUCGAAUACCAUUUUGUUAAGAGGAGCAAACGAUUUUGUAUUGGAUGAAAUGCAGAGAUCCAUUCAUGAUGCCCUCUGUUCAGUGAGCAGAGCAUUAGAAAGUAACUACGUUGUUGUUGGUGGCGGAUGUGUAGAAGUUGCUUUAUCUGUUUACCUCGAAGAUUUUGCCAAAACUUUGGGUUCUAGAGAGCAGCUAGCCAUUGCAGAAUUUGCCGAGUCCUUAUUAGUGAUCCCAAAAAUAUUAGCUCUAAACGCUUCCUAUGAUUCUAUAGAUUUAGUAUGCAAAUUACGGGCAUACCACACGAAAUCUCAGGUCAUGAACACGGAAGAUCCAAAGGAUUAUAGAUGGUAUGGGUUAGAUUUGGUUAACGGAAAAGUAGCCAAUAAUUUGAAGAAUGGAGUUUUAGAAGCCAUGAUUAGCAAAAUAAAAUCAAUCAGAUUUGCCACAGAAGCUACCAUCACAAUUCUGCGAAUCGAUGACUUAAUUAAGUUGACUCCUGAGGAGCGUCGUGAGGAGGAACCCUGA